GGUGCUGGUCAAGACAAACUUGGAAUAUAUGUCAAGUCUGUUGUGAAGGGAGGUGCUGCGGAUGUGGAUGGUCGUCUGGCUGCAGGGGACCAGUUGCUCAGCGUGGAUGGGCGAAGUUUGGUCGGCCUGUCCCAGGAAAGGGCAGCAGAACUUAUGACUAGGACAGGUUCUGUAGUAACACUAGAAGUAGCAAAACAAGGAGCAAUUUACCAUGGUCUGGCAACCCUGCUUAACCAGCCAUCCCCAAUGAUGCAAAGAGUUUCUGACCGCCGUGGCUCAGGUAAACCCCGACCAAAGAGUGAAGGUUUUGAGCUGUACAAUAACUCCACUCAAAAUGGGUCACCCGAGAGCCCUCAGCUGCCGUGGACGGAGUACAGUGAACAAAAGAAACUGCCAGGGGAUGACAGGUUAAUGAAGAACAGAGCUGAUCAUCGCUCCAGUCCCAAUGUAGCAAAUCAGCCUCCAAGCCCCGGGGGAAAGAAUGCUUAUGCAUCUGGAACUACCACCAAAAUAACCUCCGUCUCUACUGGAAAUCUUUGUACAGAGGAACAGACUCAGCCCCCACGACCUGAAGCUUAUCCCAUCCCAACACAGACCUAUACUAGAGAAUAUUUCACAUUCCCAGCUUCAAAGUCCCAGGAUCGGAUGGGUCCAGCUCAGAGUCAGUGGCCAAAUUAUGAAGAAAAACCACAGGUCCAGGCAGAAAGUAAUCAUUCAAUCAAUUCUACAAUGCAGCGUGUGGCUCGUUCCCAGGAAGAACUGCGAGAUAAAGCGUUCCAGCCAGAGAGGAAUCGUUUGGAAGUUGUUAUACGGAAGGAUGUGGAGUACAUUGAUCGGAAGUCAGACGGUGAUCAGUGGAUGAAUUCAUCUGUGGAUUCCAGCACGUCUAGCCAAGAACACCUGAACCAUACAUCCAAACCGGUCUCGCCUGGUUCUUGUUUAACUAAAAGUGGACCUGGCCGUUGGAAAACUCCAGCUACUACCCAGCCGACUCCAGUGGCCAUUUCCCAGCCCAUCAGAACAGAUCUUCCCCCUCCACCCCCGCCUCCUCCGGUGCAUUAUGCAGCUGAAUUUGAUGAACUACAAAUGGAUUUGCCUCUGCCUCCCCCUCCUCCUCCAAAUCAGGUAGGAGCACAAGCAUCUUCCCAGGUAGCUGCUGCUGAGCGUAAAAAACGAGAAGAGCAUCAGAGGUGGUAUGAAAAGGAAAAGGCACGUUUGGAAGAAGAACGAGAAAGGAAACGUCGUGAGCAGGAGAGAAAACUGGGCCAAAUGCGUUCUCAGCCGCUAAUUCCUGCUCAGCCUGUGGUUCCCCCUGUUUCCCUUCAACAAGUGAAAUCAGAAAAACCUUCAACUUUGCAGAGGUCUCAAGAAACAGUCAUUCGAGAGUUGCAGCCCCAGCAGCAGCCUCGGACUAUUGAGCGGAGAGAUCUGCAGUAUAUUACUAUCAGCAAGGAAGAACUGUCCUCUAGUGACAGCCUCUCUCCAGAUCCCUGGAAACGGGAUGCUAAGGAGAAACUGGAAAAGCAGCAACAGAUGCACAUUGUGGACAUGUUGAGUAAAGAGAUUCAGGAACUUCAGAACAAACCGGAUCGUACAGCGGAAGAAAAUGACCGCCUCCGCAAACUCAUGCUUGAGUGGCAGUUCCAAAAGCGACUUCAGGAAUCGAAGCAAAAGGAUGAAGAUGAUGAUGAAGAGGAGGAUGAUGAUGUGGAUACUAUGCUCAUCAUGCAGCGACUGGAGGCAGAAAGAAGAGCAAGGCAGACUGCUGUGCCAGCAAUCUCUGUUCUAGAUUUGUUACAGGAUGAAGAACGCAGACGGCAGCAACAGUUGGAAGAAAUGCGCAAACGAGAAGCAGAAGACAGGGCCAGGCAGGAAGAAGAGCGCCGACAGCAAGAGGAGGAGCGGACCAGAAGAGAGGCUGAAGAAAAGAGGCGACAGGAAGAGGAAUAUUACAGUCGCUUAGAGGCUGAAAGGCGCAGGCAGCACGAUGAAGCAGAACGGAGAUUACUGGAACCUGACGAGCCUGGUCUGUACAGACCUCCGCUUCCACGGGAAUAUGAACUCCCAUCCCCAACCCCUUCAUCUAACGCUCCUCCUCCCCCACCUCAGCGAAACACCUCUUACCUCAAAACACAGGUCCUCUCCCCUGACACGAUUUAUACUGCCAAGUUUGUUGCAUACAAUGAUGAUGAUGAUGAUGAGGAGGAGGAUUCCAAUCUAGCAGGAAUAAAUUCAUACACUGGAUCUACAGGAGCAGCUGUUGGGGCCCAUGAAGUUUACCGGGAUCCAAGAGAUAAAAGAUCUAAAAGUCAAGAUACAGAUUUACCUGGAGCACCAGAAAACUUGACGUUCAGGGAACGCCAGCGACUUUUUUCACAGGGUCAGGAUGUAUCCAAUAAAGUCAAAGCUUCCAGGAAAUUAAUGGAACUGGAAAAUGAGUUGAACACAAAAUAAGAUGAAAGCACCUUAUCAGAUGUAACUGAAGAUCUCAAAAUUGAGGGAUUGAGAUGAGGGGCACACUACUAAUGAACAGAAAAUGAAUGUGUUCUGAAAGGAGUGACUUUGAUUCCUCUAUAUCUAAGACUGUUAAUUAAGAUUUAGAGAUGUUGCAAUAGCAAGAAAACUGAUUACUUUGCCAGGAGCUUGUGGUUUAUACAAUGAAAGCACUGUAAAAUUUUAAAGAUAUGAAUCACGUGAAGGUAACUUUUGUUUUUUUCCUUUCUGUUUUGGGGGUUAAGUUCUUGUGCACCAGACCAAGUAGCACUUGUCAAAGAUAAGUUCUGUUUCCUGGUGUUUUACAGAUGUACUUUGUUUUAGCUGCUGAGCAGAGAGAGUGAGAAUAGCUUGAACUGCCUAAACUAAACUGUGCACUAGAAAUUAGUAUUUUAGGUUGUUUGAUAAGAAGCCAAUAUCUGGGCCACCUUAAGACUUUAUAUGCAAGUCUGACUGUAUGGUGUUCACAGAAUGAUCAGCAUAUCGAUACAGAUCUUUGUACUGGAAUAACACACGUUCUGUAUGUAGAACCUUGGAAUAAAAACAUUUCUAGUCCUACAUAUUUAUUGGGUCUAAGAAUUUAUCUGUAGUUAUGGAAAAGGCUGUAUGUUGAUGCACCCCCACUAUAUUUGCUUCAGACUUUCCAAAA